GAAAGAAGGUAACGAACUCUUUCUCUCGUUUCUCCGCCAAGUGCCCUCCAAUCCCUCCAGUCUGUUUCCUCCGAAGACUUCGAUAAUUCGAUUUCGCCUUUCCUUGCAGAAGAGAUUCAAUUCCUUCUUCUAAAUUUGGAAGCAAGUCCCAAAUCGGAGCUUUUGGUGAAGGUUCCUGCCGAUUUUUCUGUGCUUUUUUUGUAAUUUAAUGAUUGAAAGUUGAAGCGCGAUCUUGGAGAUCCCCGAAUUUGGUAACUUUUUUAGCUUUCCUUUCCAAGAAUCCGUUCGAAUCGAUCGGAUCCGUGGUGAAUUUAAGGAUCUUGGGCGUUCGGAAGAGCUUGCUUGCUUGAUUGAAAAGGAUUGGAGUUCUAUCCCCCCCAAUCGUUCCACCAGAAAAAAACUUGGAGUUAGGCUUAGGGUUUGGUUUGAGUUGAUGUUUGUAUCGGCAUGGGAGUGGAUUACUAUAACAUCCUGAAGGUGAACCGGAACGCCACCGAUGAGGAUCUGAAGAAGUCGUAUCGGAGGCUGGCGAUGCAGUGGCACCCGGACAAGAACCCUAGCAACAAGGCUGAGGCCGAGGCCAAGUUCAAACAGCUCUCCGAGGCCUAUGAGGUUCUAAGUGAUCCACAGAAGAGGGCAAUAUACGAUCAAUAUGGAGAAGAAGGCCUGAAAGGGAUGCCCCCUCCCGGUUCCAACAGUGGUGGCCCAUUUGCUAAUGGCUCAAGUGGUCCUAGUAAUUUCCAAUUCAAUCCUCGAAGUCCAGAGGAUAUUUUUGCUGAGUUAUUUGGAAGUGGCCCUUUUGAGUUUGAGUCCAUCGGACGUGCAAAGUCCAUGAGGUUUCAAACAAAUGGUAGUGGCACUUUUGGUGGAUUAGGUGGAACUGAGAAUACCUUCCAAUCAAAUGCUGAGGGUGUUAGUGCUAGCAAAGGCCAGCCUCGGAAGGCACCACCUGUGGAGACCAAGCUUGCAUGCAGCCUUGAAGAGCUCUAUACUGGAUCAACAAGGAGGAUGAAGAUCUCAAGAAAUGUCAUGCGACCUAAUGGACGUCUGGUGCCCGAGACAGAGAUCUUAUCAAUUGAUGUGAGGCCUGGAUGGAAGAAAGGAACCAGGAUAACAUUUCCAGACAAGGGGAACGAGCAGGCAAAACUUUUGCCAGCAGACCUUGUGUUUGUCAUUGAGGAGAAGCCUCAUGAGGUGUACAGAAGGGAGGGGAAUGAUCUUGUUGUCCACUGGAAAAUUUCUUUGGUGGAUGCGCUUGCAGGGACCAUAAUAAACCUUACCACCCUUGACGGGCAUGACCUUGCAAUCAACGUGACCGAUAUUGUGACCCCUGGGUAUGAGCUUGUGGUUGCAAAGGAAGGGAUGCCGAUCACCAAAGAGCCAGGCAAGAAGGGCAACCUGCGGAUCAAGUUUGAUGUUAAGUUUCCUUCAAGGUUGACAACUGAGCAGCGGGCAGCCAUUAGACGUAUCCUGGCAGGUUAACUACAGAAAAUGCAUGAUACUACAUGCUCAACAAACAGGCACCGCGGUUAACUCCCAUCCACUCCCCACUAAUAUGUUAGUAUUCUUUUAGUUCUUUUUAUAGGUAUUGUCUACCAUUUUUCGUCCAACUAAUUUCUUCGUUUGUUAUAGUUCAGGAUGUCAAUAGCAUUUUGAAGGCAUGAUGCUCUUUCUCACGAAAGCUUAAUUUUCUGAUGCAAUCAAAGCAUAUUCUGGUGGACCUUGUGUUUGAAAAGCCUAUAUAGAUUCAUGUUUUCAUGCGGAGAUGUUUCUCCAGGGUAGUUUGGUGCGUGCUUGCAAGUGUGUUAAUGCUAUGCUAUUGUCACUUGCAAUGAUUUUAGAUCAGAUAUAGUUGUUGCAAGUGGAAUAAAUUCUAAAGGACUUGACUUUGUUUUCUGAUUGGAAUGUUAAAGAAUAUCAAGAAAAAAUGUUAAACCUAGAUUGAUGUUGAA